AUGGACAGCCCUCUUCGCGUCCCUCGGGACGCAGAGGUCGCGGAGGCGCUGCCCCCGCCCCAUGCGGCGGCGCGGUCGCGCACGUCGCUGAAGCGGUCCCCUCCGGCACGACUCUCGCUUGCGUUGACUUCGGGGAAACAGCUGCAGCGGAGGCAGGCGCCAAUUCAAGACACUUCGCUCCACUCAGAGACGCCGUGCUUGGGGGACUCGAUGCGAGCGACAACAGAUCUUACACAUGCCUGCUCCCGGGGGGGGUACCUGCAACCGACCGACGGGCUGCAUUGCCUUGAUCACUCCGCAGCGCCCGCAGCAGACCCUCGCCGGGAGGCGUGGCGCGGAGACUUCGCUGACGAGGGCGGCGACGUGAGGGAGGACGAUCCACGAGAGAGGGAAACGACAGAGAGCACAGAGACUCCGGAUGCCGCCGAGUUGCUUCUCGAGCUCGUCGCCAAAGAGCAGGAGAUUCUCGCGCUCCAACAGGAAAACGAGCAACUGCGCGAGGAUUUGGAUGACGCGGUGAGAGACGGGGAGGCGGACAUCGGGCAGUUGAGAGCGCAGUUUGUUCUCAGGUUGAAGCAGCAAGAGGAGGCUGCCGAAGCGGCGGCGGCGCAUCUGGCAAGGGAGCUGGACGCUGCACGCCUGGCGGCCGUGGAGGCCGAGCAAGGCAGAGAAGCGUUGCAACAGGAGAUGAUUCGUGCAGAGAGUGCGCUAUCGGACUUGAUCCAGCAGCUCAGCGACGCCGAGAAGGCGGAGGCCCGCUUGACAAACGAGAUUGCAGACCUCCAUUGCCAAAAGAGCGAAGUGGAGGCUGCACUUCGCCAGCAGGUGGAGGUCGCUCAGAAGGAUGCAGCGGCUUUGAGGGCGGAAAAAGAAAUUGCUGAGCAAGAGGCUCAACGAUUAGUGGAGGCUCAGUCCAGGAUGGCCAACGAGCUACGCCGGGUUCAAUAUAUGAAGGAGGACGCCGAGGCGCGGCUCAUUCGCCAGCUCGAAGUUUAUCAGCUCGAGGCAGAACGGGUCAGAUCAGAGCAGGUCGAGAAGCAGGAGCAGUUGCAGCUGAGAGAGCGGGAGGGCGAGACCCUCUGGAACAGGGAACGCGAGUCCCUUUUGAAGGAUCGGGGUGAGGAGGAAGAGCGGUUUCGGCAUAUGCUGAAGGCGACAGCUGAAGAACUAGAUGAGUUCAAGAGGAGAGAGCAAAGCCACAGACAUGAGCUCCUCCUGUGGGAAGAGAAGGAGGCGCGGCUGUCCCGGGAAAUUGCGGUGCUAUGCGAGGAUCGGCAUGCGUGUGAGCAGGAACUCAACACGCAGCUGGAAGCCGCUCGACACGCGGCCGCGACUCUCGAGCGAGAGACGCAGCUGCUUAAAGAGACGUUACUUGAGCAGGAAAAAGUGGAACGAGGCCUAGUUGGUGAUGUGGCGAGACUUCAGAAGGAACUGAUGGAAAAGGCGCUGCAGCUUGAAACCCAGGUAGCCGCGCUGACGGCUGAACAACAACGGCUUUGCGCUGAAAAGGCAGAGACGGAGGAAAGACUUGCGCGUCACUCCGCGGCCGAGGAGCGUAUGCAGCGGGAGCUCGAGCGUUGCAAGAAGCUGCACUCCGAGACGCAGACCAGCCUCCAAGAGCGGUUGGAGGCUGCGCAGGCCGCGGCCGAUACCAUGCGCGAGCAGAUGACAACAAGGCAGCGAGAAGCAGACGAAGCGUUGGCAAACGCGUCCAAGCAGCUGGGGCUACAAAUCGAGGCUGUCAUGCAAGCGAAAGCCAAGUCAGAAGUCCAUGCACGAGAAUGCGUGCAGCGCCUCGAAGCGCAAAUCGCGUCACUGGAAGAGCAGUGCCAGCGAUCCGAGCUAGAGCUCCGCCGACGCGACGAUAUGGAGAGACGCUUGCGCCAGGAGGUGGAAGAUCUCGCUCAGGAGAAAGCAGUUGCGGCUGAGCAGCUCCGAGAACGUGUGGCCGCUCUAGACGCCCAGUGCAACCAGCUGCGCAGGGAAGUUGAGAGAGCUGCGACGGAUGCGCGGCAUCGGGAGGUCACCGAAGCAACUUUGAAUCGUGAACUCAUUGAUCUUCAAGCGAGGCAUGCAGCCGACCGACAGGAGAUGCAACAGCGAAUUCGUUCUCAGGAGAAAGAGUUGGAGGACCUUCGGCAGGUGGAGUUGCAUAGCCGUGGAGCUUGCGGCCGUCGGACUCUGGUUUCCGAGAGGCCGAGCGCGCUUGCAGACCCGCCGCCGUGCGUGGGGGUGGAAGCGACAGACCCUCAGGAGCCACAGCACCCCGAUUCAGCCUUCACUGCAGCCAGCGCUCAAGAGAAGGCGGACAAGAACGCGGCAGCGGGGGCCUCUACCGCGGAGGCCCAGAGAGACGGCGAAUGCGGCAGCGCCCGUCAGUUCCACCCCGCCUGCUGCAGCACGCCCAGGCUGGUGCGUUCGAUGCGGGCGGCACGCGCGAACUGCCUGGAGGCCCACCCGCAGGCCACAGGGGUAUCACGGUGCUACUCAGAAACGUUUGAGUCCGACCUUCGGGACAGAUCUCCUUUCUGGCGAAGCCUGGCAGCGUCGGAUACACUGCGACGCGCCUCCUGCGAGUUCCUUGAACGAGAGCUGGCGCGGCUGUCGGAAGCGUCCGCCCGCGUACGCGUGGCUCUCGAGGAGACGCAGCACAAGAGGAAAGGGGACGAACAGCGAUUGGAGUGUUUGCUUCGUGAACUCGAAGAGGGCAGGAACUGCAGUGCGGAGCCCCCCAUUAGCCAAUGUGGCAGCGGCAGAGGUGCUACGCUGAGAACGCCAUCGUCUUGCGUUGGAAAGGAGGCUGAAGUCCCUCGGCCCUCGGCGGCUGUCAGCGUGUCCGCCGAGGAGCGGGACGACCGCGUCUCUUUCCAAGACUUGAAGCAGCUGCUUGUCAGUGAAAUCGGCUAUACAGACGCGCAUGGAGGAGUUAUUCGUGCAGCGUAUCACACUUUGAAGUGGCUGCUUCACGCGGCGAAGGCUGAGCGCACCCUUACAGGAGUGGAGCCAAGAGCAAGUCAAGGAGACUCAGCACCCAAGGGCCAAUCUGGUCUGGGCCUCUACUGCCGACAGAUUCAGCCUCGCGAAAGCGGAGAGUGCGAGCGAGCAGUAUCUGAGAAGGGGCCCCUGCAGCGCAUGUGGCCGCCGCCGCAAAACACAGGACGCUCAGGGGAGUUCAGAGGUGCAGAUGCGACUGUGAGCUACUCUCAAGAAUCAACCACGUCCUCUUCUGACCUCCGUGGCGGUGAUGACCGGCGAUCUCUGGGCGUAGGCGGACGAACCCGAGAGAAUCUGUCGGAUUGUCCUGAGGCUUCGGGCUCGCAUGAGGUGAAAUCUUACGCAGAAAGCGACAGUGCUGAACGCAUCGGCCGGCGCCAGGUGUUUCCAGUCGCCAGCCAUCCGAAGAGCGUUUCGGAUGUGGGGCAGGGCAAGGACCAAGCGCGCGAAGCACAACAGGAAGAAGGUUGCAACGAGAGUGCGCCUGUCGAGCGAACUGCAGGUCCGCAGCAGCUCUCAACCGCUGCAUGCUCACUUCGGCCCGUCACACAUAGCGAAGAAGUCGGUCCGAAGUCCGUAGAUGAGAGGGCGGCGGCCGCGGCAGCUCGGUGGUCACGUCUUCCCGGCUCUGAAGCGCCUGAAUCGUCAGGGUUGCCCGGCGGACCCGAGGGCUGGUCACAGGGGAGCGAUGUCGCCGGCGGGCGCACAACUCCGGAAGUUCUCAAGUCUCCUUGUGCUACGCAGUUCUUCUCCAUAGCCGACGAGGGCAUGGAUACCGCUGCUCUGCAGAAGCUGCUGCUUGAACGGGAAGACGAAGUUUCUGCGCUCGAAGACGCCCUUGAGCAGUCACAAAGGCGCGAGGCAACUCUGGCGAGCCGCCUGGAGGAGGCUGAGCGGCUGCUUGAGACUUUACAUCGCUGUGUAGUCGCAGCCGAAAGCCGCUGCGACGGAGUGGCUGCCGAGAUGCUGACAACCCUCCUCUCGGGCCAGCUUCACGAAGACAGCAGCGUGGGGCAAACGCCUCACCGAGCGUUGCCCGAAGAGGAGGGCGGUAAGGAAGGCAAGGGCGAGGGCUUGCCUCAGGAGAGGGACCACAGGUGCGGAGACGGAUGGGAAGUGGAACCUUUGACCGUGGCAAGCCUGGGCAGCGGAGAAGGUGUCCUUCGCGAUGCGGCGGAUGUCUUGCGCCGCAGCUGUGAAAAAGAAAGAUCUGCCGCAGAAGUGUCAGAGGCACCUCAGGAGUGUGCUGCAGCGGUGGCGGAGCGUGGCGACGAAGAUGAAUCGGAUCGAGAGGUUGGGGCAGUCGCGCUUCCGCGACUGCGAGCGCUACCAUUGCCGAAGGACAGCAGCAAUCCUGAGGGCCGAAGUACAGACUGCGCAGCACCGCAAGACGCGGGGUGUUUCCUCUGUGGGCUGGUAGCAGCACACGAAGGUGAUUUGACUUGGCUUCCGCUCGUCCGUUACGAAUGGACAAAAAGAUGGAUGAGCGACCCGCAAACUUCGCGUCAUCUUCAGUCACAAUCUGUACCUUUCUGGCAAGACACGGGGGAUGCGAGCGGGGUGCCGAGAGAUGAUGGCCCUGAUAGAGUUCGGCCUGUCCUCUCGGGUGAGGCCCGCAACUACCCUCCAGUUGGUCACAUUCCUGAUCAGGAGAAGGAGCUCCUUCUUGUAGUCCCAGGGGCGCGCCGUCAUUUAACGCUUUGUGAAGUAUCGCCAGAAAUCAACACACCCGGUGCUGCCGCGAAAGCCGAUCUGCGCCAACUGGCGUCGCGCGAUUUUCGGUUUGAGCCACUGGCGCAAACGGCACUGGAGUGCGUUCGUCUACGGCCUAUCCGGGUUGACAGCCUCAACAAUGAAACGUGUUGUGCUGCAUCAGACAGCCAGACGGAGUCUUCACGAUUCGUCGAUGAGGGAUGGCUUGCCUCACGGGCGGGCGCAAUGCUGUACAGAUUCGAGGUCGCCAUCUCCAACAGCGGUGGUGGGGAAAUUCAGACUCCGUCCUUCCUGUCAGUGGUCAUGGGGGGAGAGCCCGAUUGCGGCAGUCAUGCGAACGGUCCCACAGCGGACGCGUCUGGGCAUCAAGGGCGGCAGGAUAGGAAAAUAUUCCCCCUACAGCUGACCUGUGACGUCGACGGAAGCAGCUUCAUGUCCUUAUUUCGUCUUUACUAUGAAUGCGCCGCACGUGAGCCAGCAGAAAGCCCACGUGCUGUGGAAGGUUCCAGGGGGCAUACAAUCCAGGAGAACCGGGUUUACGUGCAACACGUAGGCACAAACUUGUUCUUGGCUGUGUCUGGAGUGCCGCUGCUCGAUCUCGAGUGUGACAACAUACUUUCGAGUGCGGUGUGCCACGCGCGCGCAGCCAACGCGUUCUCCUUCGCUUCAAGCGCCCUGCGAGUGAAUGCCGGGAAGCAUGUGAACAGAGGGAAUGAUGUAGACACAGCGCUAACGCAUCUGUACGAGUUUCGAAUUUUUGGGACUGAAAGACUGGUCGACGCUACCCCAUUCCUGCUUCUAACACCCGCAAAAGUCGCGGAGAGACAGGCUGUUCUCGACGCGGUGGCUCAAGGAGGCAGCUUAUGGUUGCAGUUGAACGAGUCCUCUCCACCAUUCACAUCUCUGCCAUCCCGGUUUUCGAGGCUUUUUUCCAGUGGUUUUCUUAAGAACCGGUGCCUUGGUUUAACCGGUAGGGGAGCUCUGCGAGAUUGUGCUGAAGGUGAAUGUGCGGUGAAGACAGACACCGAAGACGAGAGAGAUGAGUGGAUACAUGUGACGGACGGGCUGCGUGGCGACACUCAACGUCACGGCAAGGCGGAAUGCGGGGAUGAAGCCCUCUGGAGUUUGUGGAUCAAGGUCGGUGGUUUGCGCCGGCGCGAGCGGGUCGUGAGGCGGAGUUGUGGUCGGCAUCACAUGCUGUGGGUGGGUGCAGUGACGGAUAUAAGAUUCCACGUGAGCUAUAUGAAGCGCUCGGGGACAACUGUCCCCAGAUUCAAACACGAUCCUCAUUGA